AUGAUCUCCGCCGUGUCCAGCCCGUGGCUCACGCAGCUCUCGCACUUCUGCGACGUUGCAGCCUUCACGGCCAGCAGCCUGAGCAGCCUGGGGGCCGCGGGGGGCUUCCCGGGCGCCGCGUCGCCGGGCGCCGACCCGUACGGCCCACGCGAGCCCCCGCCGCCGCCGCGCUACGACCCUUGCGCCGCCGCCGCCGCCCCCGGCGCCCCGGGCCCGCCGCCGCACGCCUACCCGUUCGCGCCGGCCGCCGGGGCCGCCACCAGCGCCGCCGCCGAGCCCGAGGGCCCCGGGGCCAGCUGCGCGGCCGCCGCCAAGGCGCCGGUGAAGAAGAACGCGAAGGUGGCCAGCGUAAGCGUGCAGCUGGAGAUGAAGGCGCUGUGGGACGAGUUCAAUCAGCUGGGCACCGAGAUGAUCGUCACCAAGGCCGGCAGGCGCAUGUUCCCCACAUUUCAAGUGAAGCUCUUCGGCAUGGACCCCAUGGCCGACUACAUGCUCCUCAUGGACUUCGUUCCAGUGGACGACAAGCGCUACCGGUAUGCCUUCCACAGCUCCUCCUGGCUAGUAGCCGGGAAAGCAGACCCUGCCACACCAGGCCGUGUACACUACCACCCUGACUCGCCUGCCAAGGGUGCACAGUGGAUGAAGCAAAUUGUGUCCUUCGACAAGCUCAAGCUGACCAACAACCUGCUGGACGACAACGGCCAUAUUAUUCUCAACUCCAUGCACAGAUACCAGCCCCGCUUCCAUGUUGUCUAUGUGGACCCACGCAAAGAUAGUGAGAAAUAUGCUGAGGAGAACUUUAAGACCUUUGUGUUUGAGGAGACUCGCUUCACUGCGGUCACUGCUUACCAGAACCAUCGGAUCACGCAGCUCAAGAUAGCCAGCAACCCUUUCGCCAAAGGCUUUCGAGACUGCGACCCGGAGGACUGGCCCCGAAACCACCGGCCCGGCGCGCUGCCGCUUAUGAGCGCCUUCGCUCGCUCGCGGAACCCGGUGGCCUCCCCCACACAGCCCAACGGGUCAGAGAAAGAGGCGGCCGAGGCUCGGCGAGAAUUCGAGCGCGACGCGGGUGGACCGGCCGUGCUCGGGGACCCGGCGCACCCGCCUCAGCUGCUGGCACGGGUGCUGAGCCCAGCGCUGCCCGGGGCCGGUGGCGCUGGCGGUCUCGUCCCGCUGCCCGGUGCACCCGGAGGCCGGCCCAGCCCUCCGCACCCGGAGCUGCGCCUGGAGGCGCCAGGCGCGUCGGAGCCGCUGCACCACCACCCGUAUAAGUACCCGGCCGCCGCCUACGACCAUUACCUCGGGCCCAAGAGCCGGCCGGCGCCCUACCCGCUGCCGGGCCUGCGCGGCCACGGCUACCACCCGCACACGCACGCGCACCCGCACCACCACCACCCCGCCGUGAGCCCAGCCGCCGCCGCUGCCGCCGCCGCCGCCGCCGCUGCCGCCGCCGCUGCCAACAUGUACUCGUCGGCCGGGGCCGCGCCGCCCGGCUCCUACGACUACUGCCCCAGAUAA